GACCUCCUCUAAGAGACUGCUGCUCGCUUCGCUCAAACAGGCCUUGCUUUGAUGGCCAGCCUACCAUUAAUCAACUAAACAAUCCUACAACUCAAAGAUAUUCAAAACCUUCUUAAAAAUAAUUAGAGGGUAUACGAACAAUUCAUCACCCGGACACAUUUUUGUGGUUAUUUCCUUAUUCUGUCGUUUCUAGAAGUUGGCUCCCGCCUAUUGUAGCUUAGUGCGACGGCCACCACGUUUUGCGGCUGAAUUUACCCCACACACCAUGUGUCUAAGCUCUCAACCAAAAGGUCGACUUUCUCUUGAGUUUCAAUACACCUCCAAAGAAACGCCGCAAACAUCGCGAAUGUAGACAGAAAUGGCCGAAGCGCAACAGAAGUCUGAGGACCCUACGGCUGCAAGCGAAGGACAGCAAGGAGCUUCAAAUCCAGCAGUGGAAGAUGUCUGGGAUGAGGAAAGACUCGAGAAGGCGAUGAAGACACUCAAGGAAAUGCAUAUCCAACUGCGAGGUCUACGAACUACAGUUCCCAGGCUGAUCUCACCUCUGGCUACUAAACAACCUUCACCUGAGGUGUUGUUCCAAGAAUUCUCAAAGUCGGCUGAAACGGCAAAUAAAGAAAUACAACGAUUUCGAAAGCUGAUGGGCGAUCAAGAUACCCUCCAGGUUCUCGAGCAAGCCAGGAAAAGUCGUGCAGAGAGACCCACUGGAAUCAAGGCUUGGAGAGUUACAGAUCAUCCGGAUUGGCUUGACAGGGACACGUGAAAAAGGCUUCAUUCUCAUCAGCAUUGGGUGGUGCAGGCGCACAUGGGAGGACAUGGAGUUUACUAGCUGGGCUCUGUCACUACAUCUUCCGGAUAUGAGUUUAGAAUAUGUGUUUCACUAGAGAUCCAUUCAUCUGCGGGACUUUGAACGGGCAGCCUUAUGGCGAGCAGGUGGUGCUGGGAAAGUUUCGAUAUGAGGAGGGCAUGACCUUGACUCAUUAUUUCAGAAAUGGUGCAUUGGUCUUCAUCUCAUUACAGACAAUCUGUCACAGGUCCGUCCAUCAUUUUCCCUCCUCGACUUGUCUUGGCUUCUCAAUGUUGGUCGAUACCUUGAAAAUCGUGACUCUCAAAAAAAUUAGCUAGGAACAAAUGAGUCAUAAGAAGUCUGCGCGGCACAGUAGUCGAGGUCAUCUAAUCUGAAAAUUGGGGUAGAAUUUGUACUCAUAUCUGUUGCUACAG